AUGACGAACACUUCUGGCUGUACUGGAAAAGAUCUGUUUGAAAGAGGGAUGUCACUCUACAAUAACCGCCGUUUUGGCUUGGCUCUACAGACUUUAAGAGAUGCUAUUGAUUCUUAUGAUCUUCCUACAAAUGAAGCUGGGAGGGCAGAAUACAUUAUUCACGUGAUCCACUUGAAAGGUUAUGGCACUUCUCUUGAAUAUAAUCAAGCUGUGGAUUGGCUCAUGGAACAUGCAAAUGAAGGCUGUAUACAUGCCCUUUUUGAAGUAGGUUCGGUUUACAUGCAAAAUAAACGUUGCCAAAACGAAGAAGAGUUGGGCCGCGAAUACGUGUUAGAAUCAGCUGAAAAAGGAAACAUAGCUGCACAGUUGUUUUUAGGCUCCUUUUAUCAAAAAUAUGGUAUUCACCGCGAUUUUGAAAAGUCAUUAUAUUGGCUUAAACAAGCUGCCGUUGUCGACAACAGAGAAGAUGGGGACAGUCCCGAGUGCUUUAAAGCACACUAUUUGAUUGGACUUGUUUAUAAACGUGGACUUGGUGUUCCUGUCGAUCUGAAGUUGGCUUUGCACUGGUUCGAGAAAUCUUCAAAUGGUAAUUAUGGAUUAGGAAGACUAGAAAAAGGUUUGAUACGCUAUUUCAGCGGAGCAUUUGGUCCAAUUGAAGAAAAAGCGGGUAUGGAGUGGCUGCAAAAACUAGCAAACAAUGGCAGUGCUUAUGCACAGGCUGAGCUCGGUAAGCGCUUUUGUAAAAAGUUCACAGGAUUUUGUGACUAUAAAAAGGCAAUGUAUUGGUUCCAAAAAGCGGUAGAUAGCACCGGCAAUAGCACUGCUCAAUAUGGAAUAGGAUUAAUGUACAAAAAAGGCUGGGGCGUUGAAAUAAAUUAUAAUACUGCUGUAUCAUGGUUUAAAAAAGCGGCAGAUGAGGAUAAUUCAAAUGGACAGUUUGCGUUGGGAAGAAUGUAUACUCAAGGCAAAGGUCUAAAACAGGACUGGCAUGAAGGCGUAAAUUGUUACAAAAAGUCUGUAGAAAAUGGUGAUAAUCCAAAGGCUCAGUAUCAUCUUUCACAAUGCUACUACAAGGGUCGAGGUACUCUAAAAGACACCAAAUUGGGGUUGGAAUUACUUACAAGUUCGGUGGAGCAAGGAAAUUACAAGGCCCAAAAAAGGUUUAGUUCGCUAUAUGAUAAAGGAGGGUUCACUAGGACGAAUUCCAGUAAAGCGUUGGCGUUGUUUAAAAAGUCUAUUUCUAAUGAUGCAAGCAGUUUUUCUUUAUACAACAUUGGAUCGAUGUUUGUUAGUGGUUCUGGGGUUCCAAAGAAUUUUGGGUUGGCUAUCGAGUACUAUACCAAAUCAGCUGAAAUGGGCAACAAAAAUGCCAUCAGAGAAUCGAAACGACUACAACUGAUUGAAGAUAGCAAGAAACUAAUGGAUUCUGUAAACGAGGAUCCCGAUGAAACGGAUCUCAUAUUAUCAUCUUUAAAAAACACUUCCAAUCAAGAUGAUGCUACAAAGAGAAAAAUUGAUAAAGCCAUACUCUUUCAUGUGGAAGACACCCGUAGCGCUAUUCUACUUAAAACUGACGAGAGCCCCAAAUUUUUCCAUGUAUGCAAUACGAGAACUACCGUGAUCAAUAACAAUGACGAAGGACCUCACUUUUUUCAUGUAGAAAAUACCAGAGCUAUCAACGUCGAUUUCAAUCCAAGGAUUUCCAACGCAUUCUCUUUCUAUCGCAGCGGAAAUUACCAAAUUAAAUAA